ACGUGCUUUUGUUUUGAAUCAACAUUGUGCAUGAAAGUAUUUCAAGACAAGUCAUAUGAUAUUGGCACAUGUUGUGGAAAAUAAAUGUUGUAAUCAGAGGUAGCCCUAGGCUACGGAAAAUGACAUAUUUCACGUGUAGCUCAAAUGGUAUAGAAUUACAGAAUUCAGUUCCUAUCCAUCUUCUCUUUUGAAUGUGGUUAGUGUGAGAUGCAGCCAUGGAAGACAUCUUCUAGAAUUUGUUUUAAAAUCUAUGAUCGUGUGAUCUUUAACUGCGAGCAUGGCCGAGAAAUCUGACGGACUCACAAAUAUCGCUGAGCAGAUCCGGAGGUUGGAGAAAGAGAAGGAGGCACUGGAAAAACGACAGAAGGAGAAGGAGGAGGCAGACAGGGCUAACGAGGAGAAGCGACUUCUUCAGCAGAAACUGUCGGUUCUACAGCAGGAAGUGACAUCACUGAAAGGAAGUAAUACAAUAAACAUCUCACCAUCCACAUCAGCCAUUAGUCCUGGUGGUCGUCAGCGGCGAUCGUACGGUUUUGAUGUACGAGAUUCUGAUGUUCUGGGCAUGCUCGGAGAUAACAAAACAGUCCAAAAUUUACAGAACCAGUUCCUUGGCUCGCCAAAUCUCGCUCGUGGAAAUUAUGCAUAUUCAGAAGAGGAGACUUCGGAAGAAGAUGCUGAAGACGUUAUGAGUACCAGACACAAACAGAUGCUACAACAAAACCGAGACAUCCUCGUCGAGAACAUGAUCCCUGAUGACAUAUUCAACGACCUGAUCGCCAGUAAGAUAUUAACGACGGCGGAUGUGGGACGUAUCAAGGAGAAGAAUACGCGAGAGUCGAUGAACGAAGAACUCCUAAACAACAUCGUACGCAGGUCGGACAGAGCCUUCCACGUGUUUGUGCGGUCGUUACGCAAAACACUGCAGGAUUAUCUAGCCAAUCGGAUUGAUCCGUCGUCACGGUCAAGCAAGAAAAAACGGAAAAGACAUACUGGUGAACUAAACGUGAAUGUGGACUGUGAAGAGGUGACUCCUCUAAACAAGAAGAGAGGGGUGUGCACGUGCCAGGAAGUGGAAGAACAGAUUCUUAUCAUGGCCAAGAAUGCGUACCGGAACAUUCGCCGGCGAGACGGCACACCAGCCGCGUUUGAACAGUUCCGCAAAGAACUGGGCCAGACGAACGCCAUCAUUAAAGACUCCAUGGAGAUAAUGCACACGCUGAAGAUCUUGUGUCGCCAUGGCGAAGUGACAGAUGUGUCGUAUGGGAGCGUGAAGUUCACGAUGAUAUGUCCGUCUGUGUUUGUGGUGAAGGACCUGUGGCAGUUGUAUGUGUCCGGGAAGUUGUUGGAGAUUUUCCAAGACGGGCUCGUUACGAAGACGUUGCGCAAGGUGUGCAAGGCGAGGGACAUCAGGUUGCGGGUUAGAAUUCUUGAACGGGAGUAUCUGCAGUGUCUGAGGGAAUUAGAAAUGAAAGACAAGACCAUAAGUGCUAGUCCGGUGUCUAAACGAGUCCGUCCAAGUCAUUCCAGAGUUCUACGAAGCACCAGAAAAAGAAAUGUUUGUGAAAAUAUUUCAAACCAAUCCUGCAAACUACCACAUCCUUCUGGAGAAACCAGGAGGGCCUUUAAAGAAAUUCACACAAAUACACCCAUAAUGCCAAAGAGUGCUGGAGUAAAGAAACUGUGUAUUGUACAAGAACUAGAGAAGCAGUCGAGAUGUCCUCUUUCACCGUGUAACAAAAUACGACUGCGGUCACAAGAUCUACUUAGAUAAUGUGUACUCAUCGUUAGAUUAUUAGUCCCCUACUGAUUCAAUCAGAGGGGACUGUAGGUUUCAUCUCCAUCUAUCUGUAUGUCCAUCCGUCUAUUCCACAUUUAGUUUUCUGAAUGUUUUUUCACAUUGCUUUGAGUUAUUGAGCUGAAACUUUGUGUACAUUUAUUUUUGAUGUGCUUUUACAGAUCACCUUUGAGUUUCAUGACGACUUACCCAUUUUUGACAGAGUUAUGGCCCUUGUACAUCUAUGACAAUUUGUUUCUUAAUGUUUUUUGUUUGGGGGUGGGGGGGGGGGGCAAUACCUCAAGAUAUAGAGCUAAAAUUUAGUGUAUAGCUUUAUUAUGUUCUGUUAAUGAUCAAGUGGCUUUCAUGGCCAUUUACCCCUUUUUUUUCACACAGUUAUAGCAUUAUGGCCCUUGAACUUAGGAAACACGACUGUGUUGGGCCAGGUAUGGGACAUAUAUUGCUUUAGCAGUACUCUCAGAAUGUUUGUUUAACACAGAUUGGUCUGGUAUUUCGUCAAAUGAUAAAAAGAUAAAAAGACCACUCGUUCCACAAAAAAUUGUUCCAGUAUGUCCAAUUUCACCAUAUUACAAUGUACGACUGCUGUCCCAAGAUCUGCUUAGAUAAUGUGUCCUCAUCUUUAGUUUCUUUAGCUCGGAUUUUUCUUAUUUAUCAAAUGAUAAAAAAGAACACUCUUUCUACAAAAGUUGUUUCCAGUGACCAUGAUACAAUAUCAAGAUGAGUCAAAGUAAAAUAAAUAAUAAUGUAUUAAUCGAGGCGUGAAAUAGACCAGGAACAAGUUAUGGGUUUUUUAUGUCUCUCCUUUAUAUAGUAAAAAGGCAAGAUAUCUAGGUAUGAUUUUUCCCCGACGGCGAUGGCAUUAACUAAUGCGUUAAAGUUUAAGUUUCGUAUUUAUAAAUACAUGUACACGGUCAAUGAAACCUUUUUCUUUCUUUUUUGUGUUUUUUUAAACUCACUUCCCCAUUUCCUUUCUCUCCUUUGAAUUCCAUUUCAUUUCUUCCCGAUCUGGUAUCUCCUAUCUUUUAACUUCUUUCAGUGUCCAUCUCAAUGAAACUUGGUGUAUAAAUGUACAAUGUACAUGUAGUUGGACCUAUGGAUGUUCAUUGCAUUGCUAGUGAUAUUCAAUGUUGGGCUAGUAAACAACUACUAUUGCCAUGGCCGACG